CUCUAAUCGCAUAUUACUCUACUUAUGUCUACGGUGCCAUAUUAGGUGGAGUCCCGAGACAGUCAAGUCGCGUCACCACGGCGGCACCCUGGACCUUGCAUUGUUUUGAACAUGUUCGGACAAGUCGUAUCAUACGUGGCCUUCACUGAUAGCAGUCAGGUACGUGGCCUAUAUGAAGGAAUAUCAUUUCUUACGUUGGCCGUCCUCGAUCACACAAGAGCAAGGGGUGGCGCACCGACAGCUACUCACUGAUUUCCGCAGGUACCCUAUACCCGGCAGCGCGUAUGUCUGGUUGGCAGUAUGAGCGAGCGACCUCGUCUUUUUCACUCAAUCGUAUGCUCAGAGCAUGGGUUAUGAUUCAAUUACCGGACAUCCGCGCCGUCCACGCAAUCAACGACUGGCACGCCCACACUGCGUGGCCGGGCGUGCCGCGAGACAGUGGACCCAUGACCGGUGUACCGUCCUCGAUACGAUGGCGCAUAACAUCCUGAAUAACAUCCGCGACGGAAUUGCCGUAGAGGGUCGGAGAGACCCUCGCAUGGAGGCACGGAGCGAUACAUGCAAGCUGCGGAGGCGCUCUGGGCGUCCACUCAACAAGCCUUCCAUUAGCUUGCGACACAUCGCCGAGUCCGAGUCAUCUGUCACGGCCAUGAUGAGCGCGGUGCAUUUCCCUUCCUCUGUCCCACUCGCACGCCCACACACACAGGGAAGUGCACCACACAGGUGGGUAUCCCUACGCUCUCGGACCUGCGGCGCCUAUUGUCACACCACGGGCUGCCCGGGCACCAACGUUAUUGUCCUCCAAUCGCCUUGCUUCCGCAGCCCGCACCAAGUCUAUCCGGGUCUCUGCUUUGCCUCCGCUGAAGGCGUUCCUCCCUCCGCCACCACCCCGCUACCUCCACCGCGUACGCAUACCCCGCUGCUUGCUUCUUCUCCGCCCCCGAUACACUUGUUGAUCGUCUACAUGAUUAAGACGCCGUUCCGCGUCGCCGCGACCCUUCCAGUGCCCAUGCCCUUCAAGUCGGAAUCCCCUUGCCGACUGGAGGCUCGGAAUAGGGUGGCGUAGCUAGACUAGUAUCUGCGUAGUCGUACGCACUUGCAGGACAGCAGCGACGAUGUUGGUCGACGCUCGCAAAUAACCGGGCCGCAAUGGGGUCAAUCCUUGUGUCCGUUCAUCGCACAUCGCCCACCCAUACAAGCCUGAGGCCUGAGCGUGCGUUGGGGCUUCUAGGCGAUAUGCGGCGCUGAUACAGCUCGACCGGUGGACAUGAGAGGACUACCAAGAUGCUUUCUUCAAGACCGCAGC